AAUGAGAUGUGGCUGACUUUUCAAGCAAACAUCUUCGUUGUCUCCUCGUUCUUUUACAUGGUUCUUCAGGCUGACAGUCCCUGAAAGAUGAACAAAGCUCUUUCGAUCUCCAGUGCGGUUUUUAAACCUGUAUCGUGUGUGACCACAAGGUAAGUGUGGUGCUCACAGGUGCAUGUCCGUUUUACUUUCUGAAGGUGACUUUCUCCAGAAACACAGUUUAUGCAACUUUUCUUUGGCUAUUUUGUAAUUUAACUAUGGUUCUGUGGGGCAGAGGUUCUGCUUGAGAGGAAAACCCGCUCUCUUCCCAAACACUCCUGUGUGUGGUGCCCUGGCUCGGUCUGUGAAGCCUGGAGCUUCUAGUCCUGCUGUCUUCUCUGUGGGGUGUCGGGGGGCCCAGGGCGUGCCUUUCCCGGCUGGGGCAGGAGGCACAGGGACGGCACUGCGUUUGGGAGCCCUGUCUGCGCCAGGCUGUCCUGGGGCUCCAUAUAGGACCUCAGUGCAUCCUCCCAGCCUUAUGGGGCGGAUCUGAUUCUCCUCGUUUUACUGAUGUGCAGACCGAGGCUUGAAGAGGUUUGUGCACUGCCCAGGUCUGCUGACCAGUCGAGACGGUAUUCACCCUGGGGGUGCUGACUAAAGAGGGGGUGAGAGAGAACAGGACAGGUGUUCUGGAUAGAACAGAUACGGAUCAGCAAAAGACACCCCACAGUUUGGCUCUCGAGGGGCCAUGAUAAACUGGUCACAGGAAAGCACUGAAAUCAAGCUUCACAGUCUCAGGGUCUGCAAAUGCCUCCUCCUUUCACCUCAGAAAGUGACUGUGACAUCCAUGUGUCACGUCAGGUAAGAAAAGGGAAUCCUAAAGCUUCCGUCCUGACAGACCCUUCCCGCCGAGAUCCCUGUGUGAGCACCUUCCUUUUCGGGGCCUGUGACAGGAGCGGUCAGACGGUGAGGAGGAGCUGACUCCAUUUCCUGGGUCCUGGGAGCCGCCUCUUCCCCACUGCAUGCUCUGGGGGCAUUUCGCUCACUCGGGAGAAUCCGCAGUGAUGUCGGUCAUCCUGUGCGAGUCCAUCUUUGGCGACAGAUGGCAGAAAGGACCUCUGGAGGGCCCUGUUUGUGGGCUGGCUUCCUCCGAGUCCUGGAAGCUCCUCUAAACUUGAACCUAUUAACCGUUUACCAGAUGACGAACCAAAUAAAGAAGCGGGUGUCUUUGGAAGGAAUGUGUCUUGGGCACAUAGACGUUAAUAGUAUUUGUUGUCUUCUUGUCACAGUGGUUCCUCAAAGUGCUUGAAAUAAAGGGCCCGUGGUAAUGUGUUAUUACCGAAAUUAACCGGAGCCAGGGAGCUUGGAAAGCAUCCCUUUCCGCACGCAGCAGCAGCUGGAAUGCGCCAGAAAGGUCUGCACUGGCUUGCACACAGCGGAUAUUUCAAAACCUGGAUGUCCCAGAAAGGCUGCUUUGGGACAUGCUUCUUUCUUUACUGAAUUGUUGAGUUUCUGAAGAGCCCCUAGGGGUCGUUUAGUCCAGGCUCCCCACCACCUAGGAACUCCUGCAGCGUUCUCCAGGGACAGAGAGCCCGUCCGGUGACGGGACACUCACUGUUCGGUUUCUUCUGUACUUAGAGAAAAGUCUUCCACCCUCUAACCUCUCUCUUGGUUCCAUUUGGACCUUUAGAAGGAGCACUCUUUGUUUUUCAAAAUAAUUCAGGACUGAGUUCCUUUUAAUCGAAAGGUCCCAUUUGAUGUCUUUUCAGGAACACGCUCUUGCCUAAGACCUUAGGUUAUCAGCUCCCGGAGGGCAGGCUCUAGGCUGGAGAACAUGAUCGCUGGUGCCUUGUGCAGUGCGGCGCUCGCGGGAAGCACCCCGAGAUACUUGGACCCUGGCAUGUAAGAUGUGCUGGUGGAAUAAGUGGGAGCCCUUGGGUUGCAUGGCCCCUGUUGGGGGGCUCCCACGUGUUGUGGUGUGCGGCUCUUCUCUGUUCCCCGGGGAGCAAGGAGAAGGAUUGAGGAUGUCGUCUUAGCGUUGCUGGACGUGCGUGCCUGCCGUGGGCUCCACGUGGACUGGGUGCCUUACGGGACCUUCUUCAGUCCUCACAACAGCUCUCUGAUGGGGGCAGUAGGUCCUAUUUUUUCUUUUAUCCCCAUUUUACAGAUGAGAAAACAGCCGUAAAGAGGCCAGGAGCAAAGCCAGUGUUUUAGUCUUCAGCCCUUGCCUUGAAGUACCAGACGGGCGGCCGCCUGCUCGAAAGCAGCCAGUAAUAAGAGGGCACGUGGCCUUCCUCCACCCGCGGCGCCCGGCCCUCCCUGGCCCACUCCCAGCGCCCUGGUCGCCCUGGAGAUGUGCUUCCAUUCCUAGGCGCUGAGUCUUGCCCCCUGGCAAGGCAGGCUCUCACAGCCCUGCUGGCGUGGGUCCUUUGUAGUUCAGUGUAAGCGCUGGGUGCUCAGAGUGUCUGAGGAGUCCAUCCAGUAAAAUCUGCAAAAUAUACUAAGGGUAUAAGAAGCUGGCUGAGCUGCUGUCAAUUUCUCAUUUGUGAGACUCUCCUUUUUGGGGGCCAUUGGCAGGCUCAGUUGGUAGAGGAAGGGACCCUUGAUCUCAGGGCUAUGAGUUCAAGCCCCAUGUUGGGCAUGGAGUCUACUGAAUUAAAAAAAAAAAAUCUCAAUUUUUAAUACCAUUUAUAGGAAUUUUCUUAGGCUAAAAAAUUAUUUUCGUAUAGAAAAAAAUGACGAAACAACAUGCAGUAAUGAGCCAUGACGACUCAGGCCAUGCCCGUUUUGCCUAGAAUCUCUACAAGCCUCUGCUGGAAUUUAAGAUGGAAAUUGCCCUUGGGGGAGGGGUGUGAGCCAGGAAUUUGGAAAACUGAAAGCGUCAGCCUUCACUUUUGGAGAGAGCUGUCAGUUCGGUUGCUUUACUUCUACUUGGAACCUUGCUGUGGCUCCUGGCCCCAAGUGGCAGGUUUGUGGCCAGUGACUCAGUUUACCGGCUGUCUCAGUUGGAUGAAGAGGGUCUGCGCCUUUGCUUGUGGGAUUCUGAAACUGGGACCAGGGAGGGGAGGCCCUGGGGGGCAGCAAGGAGAAGGCCUCCACACUCCGGCCUUCCCAGGAAAGCGGGUCAAGUGCAGGUCAUUGAGUCAGAAGUAGCCAGGCCCUCCAGGGCCAGCAUCCCCGGGCCCUCGGCUCCCUUCCGAUCACACCACGCCCAAACCUGCCUUCUUGUCCCGGUUUUUAGCCUCCUUGCCUGCGAUUCGGUGAGAACCGGCGGGUUCUUGGGGCGCCCCCCUGCACCCCCCAUCCCUCCUUGUCUUUUGGGCCCACGGCGGAUUCCAUCAUACCUUACCCGGGCAGAAUUUCAGAUUCUCAGCUCCUCACGCACAGCUAAUUUUCUAUUGUGUGAAAUCACUUGGCUUUGUGCUCCUGGCUUCUGCCGCCUGCGGGCGUGGGUGUGAUCGUGAGGACGCGGGACUUCAGGAGCCAGCGCAUGUGUCCUCCAAAACCCAAGUGCACAAAACAGCGGAUUUCGGGGCUGCCCGAGAUGAGCGGCAGGGAGAAGUGCCAGUCAGCCCGCAGAAUGCCGCUGCCCCUCUGCCUGCUCCUGCUGCUGCUCUUGGGGGCCACAGCCACCGCGGCCCUGCCCCUGGAGGGUGGCCUCACCGGACAGGACAGCCAGCAUCUGCAGGAAGUGGUAGAAAUGAAGAAAAACAGCCUCUUGACUUUCCUGGCUGGGUGGUACCAGUGGGUCUCCCAGGCGGGUGCAGCACCCUUCACAGGAGGGGCAGCCAAGGAGGCGGCCAAGCGGCAGGAAGUCCCCCCCUCUCAGCGGUCCUUGCGGGUGAAGACACCCUGCAAGGAUUUCUUCUGGAAGACUUUCUCCUCCUGCAAAUAAAACUCCAGCCCCGAUCAAUCAUGCAAAGGAGUGUUAACGAUGGAUCUGAAUAAAUGUAAUAACAGCCGUGAUCUUUCUUCUUCACACAGUUGUCUUCUCCUUCCCGUGUAAUUUGAAAAGCUUUAUUUAUUUAAAAAAUAUUUUAUUUUUAGUAAUCUCCACACCCAGCCUGGGGCUUGAACUCACAACCCUGAGAUCAAAAGUCCUGUGCUCCGCGGACUGAGCCAGCCAGGUGCUCCCCAAAGUGAACAUUUUUGAUUAAGAUUUUUGUGUUUUCUGCUGUCGUGUACCCACUGGGCUUUCUUUCCACCUUUGUUAUGUGCUUGGAAGUUCUGCCCUUGUCUCCCUUUGAUUUAAAACGGCUAAACGCAACAUAUUUAAGAAUCCAGAAUAACAUCUUGUUUCAGUUUUUUUCAUAGAAAUCAUCUAAUUUAAAAAAUAUUUCCCUCAUAUUAAAAGCAAAUUUUUAACAUUGUGCUCAAAGAGCAAAAUGAUUAUUCCUUGUGUUUUGGCGAAAACCAAUUUAAAAACAGAUGUCAUGGUCUCAAACAUGAUCUCAUGUUCACAUACUUAAGAGUUACAUUCAAACCUGCUCUGAUAAAAUACCCAUACUGGAUUUCAUUAGUAAGUUAAUUUUAAUUUGUUGCAGUUCUUUCGUGGAUCAGAGCGUCUAUGUUUGCGUCGUGAAGAAUGAAGUCUGUUUGUUUAAAGGCCUCAUUUCAAACCAAAUACAGAGCAGGGCUGCUGUCAAGCCUGUGGCCUGCUUGCCUCAACUUCUAAUUCAAGACUUUCAGGAUCCCAGGAUUCAGACUUUGUUCCAUGACAGACGCAUAUAUGUACUUUUUUAAAAGAUUUUGUUUAGAUAGAGAUAGAGCGCGUGCACAAGCAGGGGGAGCGGCAGGCAGAGGGAGAAGCAGACUUCCCUCUGAGCCGGGAGCCCGAAGCGGACUCGA